AUGGGCGUUCAGCGGCAGACAGUUAGCGCCGAGCCGACAGUUCCGGCCGUUGGAACUAAACCAUGUACAAUCAAAGAAAGAUUGAUGCAAAUUACGCAAACAAAUGGAGAAUCCAAAAUAGCGUUGAGCCUGCUUUCAUUGGCGAGCGUCAUGAUUACUGUGGACAUGAUAGGAUCCUUGAUGUCUCCCUACUGGCGCCAAACUAUACUUUCAGGACUCCAAGGUUUCGCCGUCACCUUCGGUAUAUUCGGCAUCUUACCCUUAUAUUUGCUGAAACGUCGUGAAAGACACGCGGCACGCUGA